UUCAGCUUCAGUAGGAUGUGGCGUAAAACCAGAGGUUGACCAAUGGCUGUUCUAGACGCCGGAGCUUGAAAAGUCUAUAACGGCUGUUUGAAAACAACUGGCGGGGAGCUGGUGAAAAAUCAGAAUAUGAUCCCAACUGUGCAAUGAACCCUCGGAAAAGGCUUCUAUCUCACAUUCCCGCAACAAGGGUAAAGAACCCCGGUGACGUGUCUUUAUAAUGGCGAGCAGUCACCUCCUGGUACCUUCUUUCCAGGCACAGAAGACACAAGUCCACUCGGUUCCUCUGGAUAUUAUUCCGCCUAAUUCAUUGACUCCAUUGAAGGAAUUAAAGAAGUUGUACUACAAAAAGUCCUUUCGAUCAAGUUCUUUGGCCCAGAGUUCACCCAAGUCGAAAACGCUGCAGUCCACCUUAAUUCAAGAUGGCGGCUCGUGUGCUCCUGAGUUUCCUAACCUCAGUGUCAUAAAUCAGAGCAUUGGCCAGCCAAAAUUUGGAUCUUGUAAGCCCAAUGAAGACGCACAACAAAUGAAGGCCCUUCGCUUCCCUGAUGAGCCUGACUUUGUCCUGGAGUCGCCGGCAAAAAUAUUUCAAAGGAUGAAAGCCACCGGCGCCAAAGAUAGGCUUCUGAAGACUCCCAUGAAGAACAGGAUCUCGUCCAUUGUGAACUGUCAGCGGGACGUGCUAUUAACCCCUUUCUCUAAGACGUUUGUGUACGAUAGAAACCAAUGUCUGAAUAAUUUCCAUAGGAACGAUGACGAUGGCCAAGAAGCAGCUCCAGAUGACAGAUCCAAUUCCAGUGAUGGCUCUUCAAUCCCAGGUAAAAGAAUGGCGCCACACAUACAAGUGUGCAGGCCGCCUGGGCAAGCAGUGACGGCGACACCAACGAAGAUAUUUCUGUUAAUGAAAGAGGCAGCCCAGAAGAGACAAAGGCAAACGGUUGUCCAUGGUGGAGAUGGUUUUCCAGCACCAAGCACGGAAGAAUAUAACUCCAGCCCACCGCCACUGCACGCGGUGAAGCCGCACAAAGUCCUAAAGGGUCCCGGCGUCGAAGAAGAAUCUGUGGUGGGCAGCAGUUUCUGCAGCCCGGAAAAUGUCCUGGGGGAGAAGGGCAACGAGGCCGACGACGAAUUGUCUCAAAACAGCCAGACGAAUGUUUCACAAAGGGAAACCUUGACCCCCGAGGUGGCCAGACCCUCUUCUUCCACACAAUUGCUUGAGAAUGGGGACCCGCCGGUCGAAAAGAGAACUUUGGAGGAGGGUGAGCCAAGCCUCAUCUCGGACACCAAGAAGUUUCUCCAAAAAAUGGCAUCUGUUCCUUACAUGGAGCUGUGCGAUAUUUUGCUCACCUCGCCCAAGGUUCACAUACCGAGGAAACAAACGUCCAAAGAAAUAAAAGCCCCGGCUGACCUGGUUUCAGAAACAAAACCAGGGGAUGCGAAACGAGAGGCCAAGGGAGUGACGUUGACCGAUUGGGUUCUAAAAUUUAUCUCGGACAGUGGGUUGUGCGUGGAGGGAAAGCGCCCGGAUAUGGCGGGCAUAUACUGGCACAGCAGCGCGAUCGUAGAGCGCCUUCAGCACAAUCAGGUGAAGACGUUAUCAGGCCAGCUCUACGAACUGAAGGGAAAGCCGGAUCUGGCUGCCAUGAGGUUAGCAGGCUUCCCACCUGGCUUCAUUCAGAAGUUUAAGUCGGGUUUCCCUGUUGAUUGGAAGACUCACGUGGAUCAAUUCUUCCAGGGAAUGGGCAGAACCAGAAGACAAGCGACGCAGAAUGUUGAGCCAAAAAGUAAGAAAGAUCUUUCGAGGAAGAAUUUAAAGCCCGUCCAGCAAGAAAAGUCAAGUCAGAAAUCCAGCAGCCCUGAGUCACCUGGCAAUAAGAGGAAAAGAGAGAGAAACGGGCUGAUGAGGGAACUGGAAUCGCUAAAAGAGUCCAGCAAACCCAUCGCGGGUGGGAGUUCUUUGGACGCGGAGGAGAUUGACAACCUGACGUAUGACGUUUCACCCAAAGAGCGAGCAUCCAGAAGCAACCCUCCGACACAAAAGCGGCCGAACAAUGCAAGUAAAACAGAGACGGACAGUCCUGCCUUGCAGUCUCCGUUAUUUAGCACCACGGUCAGCCGCAGCGGUCGGACCAUAAAGCCCGUUUUGAAGUACUGGUGCGGCGAACGGCUUGUGGUUGAUAAAGAAUUCGAUGUUCGGAUUGAAGGUUGCGAAAGCCAGCUGCAGACACCGCAAUUAAGAAGAAGCAGCCGAUCUCAAUGCCAAACCAACCCUCGCAGCGUGCAAAGAUCCACAAGAAAAGGAAACUAUAUUUCAUCAUCAUCAUCAUCUGACGAAGAAGCAGAAGUUGGGGAUCGCCAAGCCAAAGUGAAUUCACAGAGGCCGCUACGUAUAGAAGCUGCAAGAAAGUACCCGAUCAGAUCCAAAACCAGCUCCUCUUCUUCUAGCGACCAGGCCGGAAAGCGCGUAAGCCCCGCCAUCCUGUCACCGGGCAGCAGGCACCCCGUUAUAGAGAGUGAUUCCGAAUCGGAUGCGCCCGAACAGAAAAAGAGAUCUGCCGCCCAGAAUCUUAGUAUGCGGAGGGCCGAGAACCCUCUGAGAUCCACCACAAGCAGCUCCUCGUCUGGUGGCAAGGGCUCGAGACGGGCGGACCCCGUAACCUCGUGGUCUAAUACGAGACACCCUGUACAAGACAAGCGGAUGGUCGUCAGCGACUUGAACACAGAAGAAACUGACGUUGAGGCCUGUAAUGAAAAAUCGCCCAUCGUCAUGCUCACCCCUUUAAUGUCUAAAACCCAUUUGAUUGAGAAGUGUUCCAAACACAAUCUCCGCUUCGAGAGCGUGGUGGAGAGCGCCACGGACAACAGCGUGUUCGAGAGCGGACCGGAUGCCGGUGAAUCCCAACCCGCGAUGACCGCAGUCAAUCACGAACCUAAAAACACUUCUCGGGUACCUUCCAACGCAACUUACUCUUUAUCUCCUGCUAAAUCGUCCGACGAGGGCAAGGAGGUCAUUGAUCUUUGUGUCAAAAGGAAACCAAGGGCAGCCAGGCCAGCGAAUGGCGUGGAGAAGCCGGACGUUUCUAGAAAGUAUUCGGAACGCGUGACUUCUCCGUAUAAAACAAAAGAAAGGUCCAGCUUUCAGAACAAUCUCACCCCGUUUAGGAAAGGGAAACCUACAUCCAUUCAGUUACAGAAUAACCUUGCAGGUUCAGAAGAAACGGAUGGAGAAAGAAAUGUGAACAUUAAGAGAGCAUCAAACAAGAAAAAUGAAGCCCGGUCCAAACGACUCACCCACAGGUCCAUGGCGGAGACCAAUGAGGAUGAGUAUCUGGCGCCAUCUUCGAUGAAGAAAAAACCUGCCCCUGGCAACUCUGCUUCGAAAUCAAAAAAUCAGCCGAGACAGAAGUCGACCAACUCUCUCCAAAAACCGGUCGGUGAAGAUGAAUGGACAGAGAAGGAAAACCAGAGGCUUUACAAGGCCGUCUCCUCUUUGCCGAAGCAUAAGAAGGGGUUCUGGCUGGAUGUGGCGAUGGCCGUGGGAACGAGGUCUGCAGAGGAAUGCCAGGAGGAAUAUUUUGAGAGGCAGCAGAAGAAGGGAUCCAAAGCGCAACCCAGAAAGAAAUCGGAGACGGCCAAAACGAAGGGGAAAGGAAGUGGUGCGGAAGAGAAGACCCUAAAAAUAACGGCAAAAGUGGGAACCCUCAAAAGAAAGCAACAAAUGCGCGAGUUUCUGGAUCAAAUCCCAAAGGAUGACCAUGACGACGUUUUCAGUGCUACGCCGUUCCAGCAAAAACGAGUAAAGCUCCCCACCUUACGCCAGAGCAACGAAGAUGAUGUCUUUCAGUUGGCUCAGACUGACCCGACGACUCCUUCAUCCACCGUUUUUCCCUUGGCUUACACCCCCCAGUGCGAUCACAUCAGCCCGGGCAUGCUGGGAUCUGUAAACCGAUCAAACGAUGACAAGUACAUGUACAGACUGCAGAAGGACACAAAGAGAAACCGCUUCAUGACGUACGACAAACUGAAUAAGCGAUCGGUUAUAAAUUCCCACACGACUCCGACCUCCAGGAGAACGUCUUUGUUAAGCAAAGGGUCGAAGGACACUUCCGUCAUUGGAAAACUGUUUGCAGCGGAGGAGCGGAUGCCAUCCGACGAGGAAGAGGAAGAUUUUUAUUUCAGUUCUUCUCCUUAAUCCUCUGCUU